AAAAAAAAAUGUUAAUAAAAAUGAACCUUUCAACUUGUGUAAACAUAAAUUAAGUGAUAAAUGACAAAAACAUCAAUGAUUAUUUAUAAUAAAAUAAUUUUGACAUUUUCCGCAAUAACUUUUACCCUCAUCGUCGCCUGCCCAGAUUUACAGCCCAAUAAUGUCCGCAGUUGGAGUCGGUUAAGAAGUUCACAAACUGUUCAAGUUUCAAAUAUAAGAAAUUUAUCAUCGUGGUGCACAUGUUCGAGUGAACUUAUUGACGUUGAGAAUGAGACUGACUGCCACUGUGAAGGUAGAAAUUUAACAGAAAUUCCACAAUACUUAGACAACGUAACACUUUUGUCGAUAGCAAAUGCGAGAAUUAAAGCUUUAAGGGAAUAUGGUGUGGGGCGAUAUUCUAAGAAUUUAAAGGAUCUAUUUUUAAUAAAUCUAAAAGAAUUUUGCUACGUUGAACCGUACGUUUUCAGAGAGUUUAUACAUUUGAGAACAAUUUACAUUUCACAUUCACCAAAGCUUCAAUAUCUUCCAGCUGAAGUCUUUUAUCACACAUCAAAGAGCUUUAAGACACUACGAAUCAUUCAUUCCGGUUUAAUAGAAAUUCCUGAUCUGAAAUUUUUGUCAAAGACUGACAUUUUGCUUCAAUUAGAUUUUGAGGGAAACUUAAUCACGGAAAUUCCUGAAAAUUCUUUUCAAAUCAAAACGGAGCAGUUAAUUCUAGACAACAAUGUGAUUUCAACAAUUUAUCGGCGAGCUUUUAGUGGUUCAGAAAUUGGAAAAUUGAGCUUAAAAGGAAACAAGAAUUUAUGCACACUACAUGAGCUGGCAUUCGAUGGAAUCAUGACAAUUCGAGAGCUGGACUUGUCAAGCUCAUCAAUUGAGUCUCUGUCAACGAAAGGUCUUGAAAAGCUUGAAAUUCUUCGCAUACAAAACACUCCGUCACUAAAAGAAAUUCCAUCAGUUUACAACUUUAAGAAUUUAGAAAAAGCUUACUUAACGCACCCAUUUCAUUGCUGUGCAUUCAAGUUUCCAUCACGUCACGACCCGCGACGGUAUAACGAACAUUUGCAGUUGAUAAAGCUUUCAAAGCAUGAUUGUGAAUCAAAGCUGAAGAUGAAUGAGAGUUCGAGUGUGUUGAAUUAUUCGAUUAGGGAUGUCAGAGCAAUAAAGUUUAACGAGAGUGACAAAAUGACGGAGGCAAUGGGAUUGAUGGAUUUAUAUGACACAACGGAAACUGGCACUGAUAAUGAUAUUGAUAGAAUGGGAACAUUUAUGAACGGUCCUGUUGAUCCGCAUGAGAAUUUUGAGGCAAUGUGUGGAAAGUUUAAUUUUGCUACAAAAAAGGUUGUCGCAUGCUUUCCAAAACCGGAUGCAUUGAAUCCUUGUGAAGAUGUCUUUGAAUUAAUAUGGCUCAGAGUGUCUGUUUGGAUAGUAAUAUCAUUGUCUGUGGUUGGGAAUGUAGCUGUAUUGAUUGUUUUGCUUUCAAACCAAAGCGAAAUAACUGUUCCCAAAUUACUUGUUUGUAAUUUGGCAUUUGCAGACUUGUGCAUUGGAGUUUAUCUGUUUCUCAUUGCACUGAUUGAUUUAUAUUCCACAAAUGAAUACUUUAAUUAUGCAUUUGACUGGCAGUAUGGUAUAGGCUGCAAGUCAGCAGGCUUCCUAAAUGUUUUCGCAGCACAUCUGUCAAUCUUUACUCUUACAAUCAUCACAAUAGAACGUUGGUUUGCAAUAACAAAAGCAGUUUUCAUUAAUCGCCGGUUAAAAAAACGAACAGCAAUUUAUAUUAUGAUUUGUGGAUGGAUUUACUCGAUAAUUAUGGCAAUACUGCCUUUGUUUGGAAUAAGUAAUUAUUCAUCGACUAGCAUUUGCAUCCCCAUGGAAUUGAAUGACUUACCGGACAAAUUUUACUUAAUAACAGCAGUAGUACUCAAUUCAUUGGGAUUCAUUGUCGUUGUGGUUUGUUACAUUCAAAUUUAUCUGAAUCUGGGAAAUCAAGACUUUACCAAGCCACAUGCAUCAAAUCGAGACAUGGUUGUGGCUAAGAAGAUGGCUUUGUUGGUCUUCACAAACUUUGCAUGUCUUGCUCCAAUAAUAUUUUUUACAAUUUUUGCACUAGCUGGUCACAGCUUAAUAACAGUCACACAGUCAAAAUUCAUCAUUGUUUUCUUUUAUCCCCUCAAUUCCUGCGCCAACCCAUACCUUUAUGCCAUCCUUACGUCACAGUAUCGACGCGAUGCAAUUAUGCUUGUUUCAAAACUUGGAAUUUUUAAGAAUUACGCAAAUCGAUACAAGCAUGUCUAUCGUCAUCCAUCAAAUUCAAUUCCAUUAAAUACAAUAAACGGAUCACAAUGUUCCAAUUUGAGGAAGGCAAAUGGUGAAAAGUUGAUAACUUUAUGCACUUAAGGAAAAUAUUGGAAAAUGGAAUCAAUCGAGCUUAUUAACAUUAGCAAUGAACAUGAAAGAUUGUUGCUAAAUUGAUGUUCAAAUACAAUUCGAUGUUCAAAUCUAUGGUGCUGUAAUUUUAUAAACAGAUUAUUGGGGUUAUUCAAGCCUAUCCAGGAACGUAGCUGAUUGUGGACGAUUUUAAAAAGUGAAUCAAAUAUUUUUUCAUCAACUUUCAAUUUUUGGACAAGAUCCCUUAAAGAAGAUAUGAAGGCUUGAGCCCUUAGCUAUAUGUGAAACCAAACGAAAAAAAAAACUUGAGUAAAACUAGAUGUUCAGCUAAGUCAUUUAUUAAUGACUUUUUGGGAUUAACUAGGGUCAAAAAAUGAAAAAAAGAAAAUCUUUAAAAAAAACAAUUAGGUUACAUAAAUGAACAUUUCUUAGAACCAAAUGGCAAAAAAAAGGUUUAACUUGACGCAGUGACGACGUGAUGUAACUCUUUGACCUCCACAUCUCCUUAUGUAUGUGUGGCUGUCAUGGUAACGAACCGUCGACGUUGGGCGACUCUUUUUCGUCAACUUGAAACCUUUUGUCUUUUAGGUGUGCUGCUCACGAUAACUAAUUAGGGGUCGUUCACUUAUGACGUCCGAAUUUCAGGGUCAUUUUUCAAUGGAUUUCCAGGAAUUUCUAUUGUUCUUUUCUUGCAGACCUCCCCCUUCCCCCUUCCCCUUCUCUGGCCGUCAUAAGUCAGCCAUUAAUUGAUUGUUCAACUAGACUUUUAAAAAAAGUUGAAAAAAUCUUAAAAAAAUUUUAAAAAGUUGAAAAAAAAUUGAAAUUUUUUUUAAAAAUUU